UGCUUAGUCACGGUGAGUUACAGCUUUCCCCCCCUCCUUUCUAUGUGGCGCACAGCUCGGCACACCGAGAUGGAGGAAUUGAACUAGACUACUGGUCAGCUGAGCCGAGAGCCUCCUGGUAAACACAGCAGUGCAAACAAAUUCCUUAACUGGGCAACUUCGAGGAAGGCGUCUCCCAAGAAAGCACCCCCUCCUCCCUCCUUCCUCCCAUUCCUUAGAGCUCCAUCUUACGCUCGACACUUUUGGCACUCAACCCUGUUUUGUUUUGUUUUCACUCUUCCUCUCAGAAGCAGUAGUGACAAAUCUUGCAGGCAUUUAAGCUAAUCCUCAAAUGUGUUUUUCAUUUUUGGAAAUAUGCUGAUCCUUCUUACUGGAAGCAUUUGGGCAAUCUGAAAACAAGAAACUAUCAAAUAAAGAUUCUCUAGUUAAGAGACAGUUUUCUUUGUCAGAACCGAUUGACACGCUCCCCUCAAGAAUGAAAUGAAAACACUUCUGUUGGCAGCACAAACAUUGUAACUUAAAGCCACUUUUUGUUCAUGUGAAGUUUUUUGAGUUGCAAAACCCUCUGAACCUUUUUAUUUUCACUGUUCUGCAAGUUGCUUUUCUGACAAAGCCUGAGGAAUCUCAAACCCAGACACUUUGAUCAUGUUGGAACUGCAAAAUGUUACAGGGCAACCAGCCAAAUCAGGCUGCUCACAUAGCUGCUGCUAGCAAUGCGAAACUACGCAGCACGUAUGGACUAAAGCUCUGAACAGAACAAGGAAAUCCUCAUGUCUACACAAACUUGAAGGUGAGCUCAAACCACACAGACCAAAAUCAUUUCCCCUAUUUCAUUGUAUGCCUGCGCCUGGAGCAAGGAUGCCCCGUACCACUGCCCACUGUUCUUGAGAGAGAGUGUAAGAAGGAGGAGAACGGGAAGGAAAUGACAGAGUGUCUGACAGAAUGCAAAGCGCUGGUGACGCCAUCCACGCGCAACGGCCACCGAGUCUUCAGCUACACACUAGAGAGCCACACCGCAGCCGCUUUCGCCAUCAUGAAUGAGCUGCGUCUGGAGCGCCAGCUGUGCGACGUCACGCUGCGUGUGCGCUACAAAGACCUGGAGGCGGUGGACUUCGUGGCUCACAAGGUGGUGCUGGCUUCAUCAUCCCCUGUCUUCAGAGCCAUGUUCACCAACGGCCUGAAGGAGUGCGGUAUGGAGCUGGUGCCCAUCGAGGGGAUCCAUCCCAGGGUCAUGGACCGACUGAUAGAGUUUGCCUACACGGCCAGCAUCUCUGUAGGGGAGAAGUGUGUGAUUCACGUGAUGAACGGAGCUGUCAUGUACCAGAUAGACAGUGUGGUCAAGGCCUGCUGUGAUUUCCUAGUUCAACAGCUCGAUCCGAGCAACGCCAUCGGCAUCGCCAACUUUGCUGAGCAGAUCGGCUGCACGGAGCUGCACCAGAAGGCCCGAGAGUACAUCUACAUGAACUUCAGCCAGGUGGCGACCCAGGAGGAGUUCUUUAACUUGUCCCACUGUCAGCUGGUCACCCUCAUCAGCCGUGAUGAGCUCAAUGUUCGCUGUGAGUCUGAGGUCUUCCAGGCGUGCGUGGCCUGGGUACGCUACGACCGGGAAAACAGGCGACCAUACGUCCAGGCCUUACUCCAGGCUGUCCGCUGCCAUUCCCUCACCCCAAACUUCCUGCAGGCCCAGCUCCAGUCUCUGGACUGGGACCCCCAGUGUAAAGACUACCUUGCGCAGAUCUUCCAGGACCUCACCCUCCACAAACCCACCAAAGUAAUUUCUUGCAGAACGCCCAAGGUGCCGCAGCUCAUCUACACAGCGGGGGGUUAUUUCCGUCAGUCCCUCAGUUACCUGGAGGCUUAUAACCCCUGCACAGGAGCCUGGCUGAGGUUGGCUGACUUGCAGGUUCCCCGCAGCGGCCUGGCAGCCUGUGUGAUCAGCGGGCUUUUCUACGCUGUUGGAGGAAGAAACAACGCACCGGAUGGCAACAUGGACUCAAACGCAUUGGACUGCUAUAAUCCUAUGAACAACUGCUGGCUGCCGUGUGCACCCAUGAGUGUACCCAGGAAUCGGAUCGGAGUGGGUGUCAUUGAUGGCAUGAUAUAUGCUGUUGGAGGCUCACAUGGAUGCAUUCAUCACAACAGUGUUGAAAGGUAUGAUCCAGAAAGGGACCAGUGGCAGCUGGUAGCUCCCAUGUUGACCCGGCGUAUCGGUGUUGGUGUCGCUGUCAUCAACCGGCUACUUUAUGCUGUCGGAGGGUUUGACGGGGCCAACAGGCUCAGCUCCUGUGAGUGCUACAACCCUGAGAGGGAUGAGUGGAAGACCAUGGCCCCCAUGAACACUGUGCGCUCUGGAGCUGGUGUGUGCUCUCUGGGUAACCAUAUCUUUGUCAUGGGCGGCUAUGAUGGGACCAACCAGCUGAACACAGUGGAGCGCUAUGAUGUGGAGACUGAUACUUGGAGCUCUACUGCCUCCAUGAGGCACCGACGCAGUGCUCUGGGAGUCACUGCUUUACAUGGACGCAUCUAUGUCCUGGGAGGCUACGAUGGCAGCACUUUCCUGGACAGUGUGGAAUGUUACGACCCAGAGAAGGACACCUGGUCCGAGGUAACCCAUAUGACUUCAGGGCGGAGUGGCGUGGGUGUGGCCGUUACCAUGGAGCCUUGCCAGAAAGAACUGCCAUCGUGUCAGGUGUCUGAGAGGGAGAACACUGCAACUCCACCAACCUAUCAGUCAUCUAACUCUGGGUUUAGCUCUCACAACAAUCAGAGGCACAGCGGGUCCUUCAGCAAAGGCUCAUGAGGAUCAACAUUAGACCUUCUCAUACACACAAACACACGCAGACAAGCACUCAGAAACUCCUCUCUCCUUUUACACAAAUCAAGACCUUCACAACUGAUUAAAGACGAGGGUGAUCUGAAACCACACAUGCUGCCUCACUGAUUCUAGACAUCACACACUUUUAAAAAUAAGUCACAUUAUUUGAAAGUUGCAGUAAAAUGACAAGAGAAAUUUGACUUUCUAAAUGGUGUGUUACAUCAGAAUCUAUCUGGAAAAUGUUUUUAUCAGCCAAAUUUGAAAGACCUAAGUCUGUCAUUGAAGUCCUCAGUUGGAGCAUCAUGUCCCUGGUGAGAGAUCCUGGGAGAAAAGGGCUGCAGACUAAAAUAAAGGGCCACUCACCGGCUCAAAAAAUCACCAAGGGCUCUUCAUCUUCCAAGAGCAGCCCAUGCAAAAGUCAAAAUCUGAGGGGAGAAAAUGAAUAAAGUAGCAUUUGUCGGUAUAAACCGUAGAUUUCAAAGUGCCAUUGUGGUGCCAAUGGGCAUUACCAUCAACAGUAUACUGAUUGGAGGUGCUCUGAUGGAGCAGUUCUGUCAGUCACUGUAUGGUGCAAAGAACCUUAGAAACCUAGACAGCCAUCAGCUGAAGCUUGAACACAAUGAUGGGCCUCAUGCAAAAACUAUUUCUGGAAACCUCUUUUGUAAAGAUUUCUUCUAACAGUUCCAGGUCAGAUUUAGAUAACUCUUUUACAAUGUUACAAUGUUACAAUGUCAUUUACGCUUUUAUCCAAAGCGAUGUACAUACGUUGCAACGUACAUAUCUCUACAGGUUAUUUGAUUGACACCUGUUGUGUCAUAUGUAAGUUUUAUCAUUGGGAUAAUCAAUACAACACAAAUUCCUGUUCAAGGUCACUUUUCAUUAGAACAAGUUGUGUUCACAAAAUUCUCAGCCAAGCAUAAAAUAAGAACAGCCUCAUUUAUUUUUGUCUUUGGCAUCAUUUAAUCUCACUCCUACGUCAACUCGUGAUUAAAUGUGUUCAUUCAGUACAAUGUGUUUUUGCAUGAGGCACAAAGUGUCAAGUUUGAGUGUUCACACAGGAGAAGCAGGACCUUAAAGUAACCGCGUAGUAACAAAUAUGUCCUUUCACUAAUGUCCACUGCUUGGUUUAUUAAAUUGAAUAGAUUUUGAAAAAGAUGUUGGCCAGGAGAGAGUGUCACCUCUAGUGAGGUUUUCAGAUAGUUCAGUCCUGUGUAACUGGUGUGGAGUGCCAAGAGUAUGAAGAAACAAUUUUGGAUUGUGUUAGAGGAAAGGGAAUAAUGUAGCAUUUAAAAAAUCUCACUGAAUGUGUUUUUUAAAAACACUAAUAGCUGACACAAUGUGGAGCCUCCCCAUACAGCUGACUCUUUGGUUCCUCUCUUCCACCAGACCUCAGAAACAGAAGUGACCAUGUUUGUCCAUUAGUAUUCAUAUAUUGUAUGCUAAUGACAAAAAAAACUUGCUUCAAGAAGUGUAUUUGUAACAGCAAUUUAAGCUACAAAGGUUUUUAAUUGAUGUUUUUGUACAUUGAUAUUCAAAGAAGUCUUGUACAGAAUUUCAGAGCUCACUUUUUUAUUUAUUUGUUCAGAUCUUUUUGGUUUCUCGUUUCCCUGAACUAACUGACAUCAGCUUUGUAUUGACUUGGACUCUGGUGUUGUGUUUUGAAUAACUAGCAUGCCUUGUGACUAAGUAGGAAUGCCUGAUAAUGCUAAUUUUGGAUGUUUGUAAAAAAAAAAAAAAAAAAAAAGCUUCACUUUAAAAGGGACUGCUUUUUCUUGUCCGUCGGUAGUUGGAAUGAAAUUUAGAAUAUUUAAGGUCUGCUUUGUACAUUAUUUUCAGCAAAAGUUCCCUGUACAAUAAUACAUUGUAAAGUAAAAUAUAUGUUUAUUGUA